GGAGUCGCCAAGGCGGACUGCUAAGGAGUCCCGGGAGGCUCGGAAGUGAGCCUGCGGGACUUUGAGGUGCACAAACGCCCGGGUAUUUUGCUUGUGCUCGGGUUUCGACUCUGCAGCACCCUGCACCCUUUCUGGGAUCCGGCCCGCCUAGGCCCCAACCUCUGGCUCCUGGUCCGAAAAGCCGGCGCGAUGUCCCAGCUCGGACUCCUUCCUAGGAGGGCCUGGGCUUCGCUGCUCAGCCAACUACUGCGACCGCCCUGCGCUUCGUGCACUGGGACAGUCCGUUGUCGAAGCCAGGUUGCAGAGCCAGUGUUGACAUCUCAACUGAAACCACAUCAAGAGAAACCAAAUUUUAUUAUCAAGACCCCAAAGGGUACCAGGGAUCUUAGUCCCCAGCAGGUGCUUGUAAGGGAGAAAAUUCUUGAUUUAGUUGUCAGUUGUUUUAAACGUCAUGGAGCAAAAGGGUUGGAUACCCCAGCAUUUGAGCUAAAGGAAAUACUCACUGAGAAGUAUGGAGAGGACUCUGGGCUUAUAUAUGAUCUGAAGGAUCAGGGUGGAGAGCUGUUGUCCCUUCGCUAUGACCUUACUGUCCCUUUUGCUCGUUAUCUGGCCAUGCAUAAAGUGAAAAAGAUGAAACGUUAUCAAGUUGGAAAGGUAUGGCGGCGAGAGAGCCCAGCCAUAGUCCAAGGCCGCUACAGGGAAUUCUGCCAGUGUGAUUUUGACAUUGCUGGUCAGUUUGACCCUAUGAUCCCUGAUGCGGAAUGUUUAAAGAUCAUAUGUGAAAUCCUAAAUGGGUUGCAGCUGGGGGACUUUCACAUUAAGGUCAGUGACCGGCGGAUUAUGGAUGGAAUGUUUGCCGUCUGUGGUGUUCCUGAAAGCAAGUUUCGUGCCAUCGGCUCCUCAAUCGACAAACUAGACAAGAUGUCUUGGAAAGAGGUGAGACAUGAGAUGGUGGCAAAGAAAGGCCUGGCUCCUGAGGUGGCUGAUCGAAUUGGGGAGUAUGUCCAAUGUCAUGGUGGGGUGUCCUUGGUAGAGCAAAUGUUUCAGGAUCCCAGACUAACUCAGAGUAAACAAGCCCUGGAGGGCCUGGGAGACCUGAAGCUGCUAUUUGAAUACCUGACUUCAUUUGGAAUUGCUGAGAAGGUCUCCUUUGACUUAAGCCUGGCUCGGGGCCUGGACUAUUAUACAGGAGUGAUCUAUGAAGCAGUGCUGCUACAGACCCCGGCUCAGGCUAGGGAUGAGCCCUUGAACGUGGGCAGUGUGGCUGCUGGUGGGCGCUAUGACGGGCUGGUAGGCAUGUUUGACCCCAAAGGCCACAAGGUGCCAUGUGUGGGGCUCAGUAUUGGGGUAGAGCGAAUCUUCUACAUUGUGGAGCAGAGGAUGAAGACUUCUGGUGAGAAGGUACGAACCACAGAGACCCAAGUUUUUGUGGCCACACCACAGAAGAACUUUCUCCUAGAACGGAUGAAACUAAUUACUGAGCUUUGGGAUGCUGGGAUCAAGGCAGAGAUGCUAUGCAAGAACAAUCCUAAACUAUUAACGCAACUGCACUAUUGUGAGAACAUGGGCAUUCCACUGGUGGUCAUUAUUGGUGAGCAAGAACUGAAGGAAGGGAUCAUCAAGCUCCGUUCAGUGGCCAGCAGAGAAGAGGUGGCCAUUAAACGGGAAAAUCUUGUGGUUGAAAUUCAGAAGCGACUGUCUGAGUCAUGAUCCUUGUCUGCCAUCUGCUGGUCUUUGUAGAAAGGCUUCCUCUUGAGCUAAGUUUCAGAUGGACUAACUUCACGACAGCUGGCCAGGAUGGUGACAAGUACUUUCUGCCUCCUCCAUUCUUCCUGGGUACAAAACUAGAGAAGGCCCUGAGGACUCCUUGGCUAGUGUGAGCAGCUAUACUGCAUGGGUGCAGUUGGCUGGUAUGUGAAAGAGACAUGCUGUACCUGCAGAUGCAAAUUUGAAUUGCCACUGAAUGCCAUCAAGAGAUAUUGAGAUGGUUGCUGUGAGCUGAGGAUUCUGAAGCAUUGAGAUCAGAAACCAAAUACUUAGCCUUCCACUGUGGCUUCGGUUCUGGGGAAUUUGUCCACAACCAGCCCUUGGCCUGACCAGGGAGUUUUUGGAAGAUGGCAAGGUGGGGCAGUGGCUUUCAUCUUUGAAGACAGAGAUGAUAUUCCAAGGGCAUGGCAUCUCCCUAGCCCAUCCAGUGCUAACAAUAGCAGGGUGGAAUUGUCUCUUUAAUAAUCUUGAACAUUGAACUUAAUAGGUGACUUGACAAGGUGGAGAUCUGAUCUUUUAAGAUUUUGGAGACCAUUUCCUGUGCCAGAAUCACUGCUCUGACUAUUCCAUGCCCUGCCAUGGAGGCUGUUCUAGAUGUGGUUGGAUAAUAUGUUAAAUAAAAUACUAAGUUUAGUAGUUUG